AUCCUCCAUUACUCCUAGAUUUAUUCCUCGCUUGCCUCCACAAUUUCCUCCUAUUUUCCCUCUGGAUUCCCUCUCCCUCUCUCUCUCUUCCCAAUUCUUUGUCGGUGCGGUGCAGAUCUUGGAGAUUCCCAGUUCUAGGUCGAUUCCGAGUAAUUCUGCCGCGCUAAUUUCAAGGGAAAUUGAGAUUGGGGGUUGGGUUUUGGUUGAUUGUUUUGGAUUUACGAGCUGGUUUAAUUUGAAAGAAAAAUUUGUUUCUCUAGAUCUGUAUUUCACCAUUUUAUGUCAACUGUUGCCGGAGGUGAAGAUUUUUCGGUGUCAUUGGUAUUUUCUUUGUGUGUGUGUAAAAAUAGGAGGUGAACGAUUUGCUUUCGCUUUUUGGGAUUAUGUUUGAUGGUGGAUUGGGGAAGGGUGAUAAAGAAAAAGUGGCUCGUGUACUUGUGAUCCGGUAGGUAGACGGGCAACAGCACAAAUGCGGCUGAGAUUUUGAGAGAAUCGGUUUCUUCUUGGUCUUGGUCUUGGUCUGCAGUGAGUGUUCAAAUUUUUUAAGCGGGGCUCGCCCGAGAGUUUGGAGUUCCAUUUUGCCCAGAAUGCAGCAAGAUCAAGGCAAAAAGAAUUCAACCGAAGUGGAGUUCUUCUCUGAUUAUGGCGAUGCCAGUAGAUACAAAAUUCAGGAAGUUAUUGGGAAAGGAAGCUAUGGUGUUGUUUGUUCUGCAAUUGACACUCGUACUGGCGACAAAGUUGCAAUAAAGAAGAUACAUAAUAUUUUUGAGCAUAUAUCUGAUGCUGUUCGAAUUCUACGUGAGAUAAAGCUACUUAGACUUCUUCGCCAUCCUGAUAUUGUUGAAAUUAAACACAUUAUGCUGCCACCUUCAAGGAGGGACUUCAAAGACAUCUAUGUUGUUUUUGAGCUGAUGGAAUCUGAUCUUCACCAAGUUAUUAAAGCAAAUGAUGAUCUGACACGAGAACACUAUCAGUUUUUUCUUUACCAGCUUCUUCGUGCAUUAAAAUAUAUCCAUACAGCUAAUGUCUACCAUCGAGAUCUAAAACCAAAGAAUAUAUUAGCAAACGCAAAUUGUAAACUUAAAAUUUGUGAUUUUGGAUUGGCAAGAGUUGCAUUCAGUGACACGCCAACAACCAUUUUCUGGACGGAUUAUGUUGCUACUAGAUGGUAUCGAGCUCCUGAGCUAUGUGGUUCAUUUUUCUCCAAGUAUACACCUGCAAUUGAUAUAUGGAGUAUUGGCUGCAUAUUUGCUGAAGUAUUAAUGGGGAAGCCACUUUUUCCUGGUAAAAAUGUUGUUCAUCAGCUUGAUUUGAUGACGGAUCUUCUUGGAACUCCUUCAUUAGAUACAAUCUCCAGGGUACGAAAUGACAAGGCUAGAAGAUAUUUAACUACUAUGAGGAAAAAGCAGCCAGUGCCAUUGGCUCAAAAAUUUCCAAAUGCGGAUCCUUUAGCACUGAGGCUACUAGAAAGGUUGCUUGCUUUUGAUCCAAAAGACAGGCCAACUGCUCAAGAGGCACUGGCUGAUCCAUACUUCAAGGGAUUGGCAAAACUUGAGAGGGAACCUUCCUGCCAGCCGAUCACAAAGAUAGAAUUUGAAUUUGAGAGGCGGAGGGUCACUAAAGAAGACAUUCAAGAGCUAAUCUUCCGUGAGAUACUAGAAUACCAUCCUCAGCUACUAAAAGACUACAUGAAUGGAACUGAGAGAACAAAUUUUCUAUAUCCAAGUGCUGUCGACCAAUUUAGAAAGCAGUUUGCACAUCUUGAGGAAAAUGGUGGUAAAAGUGCGCCUGUAAUUCCUCUGGACAGAAAGCAUGUAUCCCUCCCAAGGUCAACAGUUGUACACUCGAACAUAGAUGGGCAAAUCUCCGAAGAGGCAUACAACAAAAGUUCCCGAGAUAGUGAAGGACGGCUAACACAUGUAUCAAGGACCAUGCAGACACCACACAAAAUUCCUUUUGCUAAGCCUGGAAGAGUAGUUGGACCAGUUAUAGCAGAUGAGAAUGGAAGGCUAGUGAAGGAACCAUACGAUCCAAGAACGUUGAUCAGAGGUCCCGUUCUUCCUCCCACAUAUCAUUACCAAAAACCCAUGGCAGGAAAUCAAGAAAGAUCUGCAGCAGAAACAAAACUGGACAUUUCAUUAAGGGCCGCGAAACAAGCAGCCUCCCAGUGUGGCAUGGCUUCCAAAUUAGGACCAGACAUGGCCAUAAGCAUCGACUCGAACCCCUUCUACAUGACACGUGCCGGAGUGAACAAGGUUGAGCUGAAGGACCAAAUUUCCAUCGACACAAACUUUCUGCAGUCCAAGGCCGCCCAAUACGGUGGUCUUGGUGCAGCGACCGCCACCACCACAUCUGUUGCUCACAGAAAGGUGGUUGCCGGUCAGUUUAGCAUGACAAAGAUGUACUAAUAAAAGUGUAAGUUGGUCAGUCACGGAUGCUCCAGCGAGUGAUCCUUCAUUAUUCAGAUCAGAAGAAGCCAUUGAUGAUACAGGAACAGGAAGGACUCAGAGGAGGGUGGCAGUCGGCCUCGGCCUCAGGCUGCUUUGUGUGUAAUAUAUGGAGGAGAGGUCAGUGGCCUCUUAAAGAAACUAGAUUUCUCAGGUUAUAUUAAAUGCACAGUUAGCUUGUAAUAAGAAACUGUAUCUUAGAGGGGGAAAAAAACACAGAACAUGAAAACUGUGAGUCGUAGUAAGCUUUGUCUGUAUCCCUCCCCCUCAAAGCAGGAAGUGAAACUUAUCUAAAUCCCAAUACAGAAACAAAAUUAUUGAUUGUAUGAUUUUUAUGAAAUCGUGUUUUAUUUCAAACGCCAA